CCAAUAUCUUAUCGAAAAUGAUAGGUUUCCUCGAGAUAUGUGUUUUUCUGUUUGUCGUCUUGCACAUCUUGAGAAUUUAUUUUGCCGAUUGCGAUGCAGUACUACAUUUCUACGAGAGAUUUGCAAAGCCACCGGAUAAAAGACUACGAGGUAAAGUGAUUUGGAUUACUGGUGCAUCGAGCGGAAUCGGCGAACAUUUAGCGUACAAGCUAACUGAAUUUGGCUGCAAACUGGUGCUAUCAGUGAGGAGAAAAGACGAAUUAGACAGAGUGAAAAAUCAGUGCAUGAGCUUGGCAGGAAAGCUUUUUCCAUUAACAUUUGAGGAAGAUUUUCUUGUUGUGCCAUUGGAUAUUACUAAUUUCGCUUCUCACGAAGACUGCGUUACCAAAGCUCUUCAACAGUUUGGCAAGAUUGAUUUUCUAGUGAAUAAUGCAGGAAUUUUACAGAUGGGUUCAUCAGUGGAUAGUGAUCUUGAUGUAGAUAUUUCAGUCUUGAACACAAAUGUACUAGGGACAAUCUCUCUUACCAAAGCUGUUCUGCCUCACAUAAUUGGAGAAGGUAAUGGUCAAAUUGUUGUAAUAAGUAGUGCCUCUGGGAAAUGUGCAGCAGGACCUAAGACAGCUGUGUAUGCAGCUUCCAAACAUGCUCUUCAGGUGAUUGACUAG